CAGUAUCAGUAUGCUAUCAACAUGUCAAAUUUACUAAGCAAAGCCACAUGCAUCGAAAUCUUGAAAAAAAACUUAAAACACGAGUUUGUCCUAGUUGAUUUUACUUUAGAAAAUAUUAAUAGUGAUACACUGGGAUUCUUGGGAGACCAUUUACUUUUGAAGAUAUUUUACCGUAUCCAGGGUGAGACUCGCGAAGAAACGUUCUUCGUUAAAUGCCACCCUCAGGUUAACGAAAAUCAGGAGGAGUGCUUGGAUCUGGGAUUAAUCAGAAGAGAGGUAACUUUUUACAAAGAAAUAGUGUCUAAGCUUCAAUCCCUUGUACCCGUUAAAUUUUCACCAGAGUUUUACUUUGGUAAAGACGAUGAUGUGCUUGUUCUGGAAAAUUUACAUACUAAAAAUUUCCACGUCAGUGACGAGAUAUAUUUAAGUAAAGAUAAGUUAAAAUCAGUAAUAAUAAAUCAGGCAAAUAUGCAUGCGGCAAGCAUAAUUUUUGAAGAUUCCAGGUCAAUGUUGCACGAGUUUCAAGAGGACUUGACCCAAAAUAGAUUGGAUUAUGUUGAAGGACAUAUAAGGUGUGAAUGGAGAAAUAAUGGAAUAAGAUGUGUUGCAAAGCUGUGCAGUUACUUUACUGGAAGAAGUGAUAUUGAAAAAAGAGUUUUGGAAUAUUCCGCGAAUGAAAUGACAAAGUUUGAUCAUAUUUACGAGGAUGGGGUAAAUGUGUUUUGCCAUAACGAUUUGUGGGGAAACAAUUUAAUGUUUAAUGAAAAUCACCAGUGUCGCUUUGUGGAUUUUCAACUGGCCAAAUAUGGACCACCUGCAUGGGAUUUCUUGAAGGUCUUGUAUUUUAAUACUGAGUAUAACUGGUUGCAGCCACAUCUUAGUGAAUUUAUUAACCUUUACUUUGAUACUUUCGAUUUAGUGUUAACUGAAAAUAAAAUUAAAUCAUUUAGUAAAAAAGAAUUUUUAGAAACUGUAGAACUUUACAAAAAACCUGUUUUCUUAGAGGUGUGCAUUUGUUGUACCUAUAUCUUUAUGUCCAACGAGUUUAAUAAUACUUUAAGGCAGCAAAAAGAUGUCAUUCAUGAAUUCGACUUUGUAGAUAGAAGUAAAUAUAUCUUUCCAGAGAUGGAAAGGGAUGAAUUUGUUAAGGAUAGGUUUAGAAAUAUUAUUGUUCCAUUAUGUGAGAUGUUUAAUUAAUAAAAUGAAUGUAAGCCGUACAAAA